CAUGAGAGGAAGCGUAUAAAGAGUAGAAACAGCAAGAGAUUUUUUUUUGCUACUCCUUGACGACAGCUCAGAUUGCAAAAUCAUCAUGUGCAUAUACUGCAACUUGGUAUUGGUGGUACUUGUGCUUGCUUUAAAUAGUCAAGCUCAUGCAGGAAGAAUCAUUGGAGGCCAUGAGAGUGAAAACAAGAGCAGACCAUACAUGGUGUAUGUGGAAGGCUAUGAUGAAAAUAAUGAUGGAAAUAAUGUAAAUUUCACCUGUGGUGGAUUCCUUGUGAGAGAAGACUUUGUAAUGACUGCCGCCCACUGCAAGGCCAAGUCCUAUAAUGUCUGUUUUGGGAUGAACAGACUUGAUGACAACGGGAUGAAAUGUUCUUCUGUUAAAGAACAUUUUCCACAUGAGGAUUACAAUGAAAAAACUCUCACAAAUGACAUCAUGCUAUUGAAGUUGUCCAACAGAGCUGCUUGCAAAAAAAGAAUGAAACCAAUUGCAAUGGCAGACAAGGCUGACAACUCUCCGAAAAUGUGUUUAGUCAUUGGCUGGGGAAUAACAGACAAUGGUAAAACUUCUUCAAAACUCAUGGAGGUCAAUGUGACUCUCACUGACGAUGAAAUGUGUACCGAGGAAAAAGCUUUCUAUUCCAAAGGGAAGAAGGGACCAGCUGGGGGAGAUUCUGGUGGUCCAUUAGUCUGCGAGAAUGGAAAGGCCUAUGGAGUGAUCUCAGGACAUCAGGAAGAUCUGACCAAAUACACCAAGAUACCUGAAUAUAUGGAUUGGAUUAAAGAGAUUAUGCAACCGAAAUCAGCAUUAGACUGAAUUUGAAUUUAAUGCAUUAAACGUGAAGCAUUUACAUUUCUGUUUUACUGUUCCUUAAUAAAACCUACCUUUGCUAU